AUGGAUUCAGUAUUUCAAGCAUUACGUGGUAGUAAGGUAGAAUUAAUGAUAUCUUGUGAAGAUCUGGUGGAUCUCGACCUAUUCACGAAGACUGAUCCUAUUUGUGUCCUCUCUAUGAAACAAUUUGGCCAAUGGAAAGAAUUUGGUCGAACUGAAGCUAUUCGAGAAUCUUUGAAUCCAAGGUUUACCGAUUCAUUUGUACUGGAUAUAGAACCCGGCAUUAAACAACAACUAUUAUUUUCUAUCUAUGAUAUAGAUAAUCGUUCCACAGACUUACGUCAUCACGAUCAUGUUGGCAAUGUUGAGAUUGAUUUAGAAUCAUUGAUAGAUCUCUCUAUAACAGUACAUUCUGUUACUAGAACCAUAAGAAUGCACGGUGAUCCAAAGUCAAGAGGUUUUCUUACCAUAUCCACAGAACUGGUUAAAGAAUGCCAGAAUAAAGCACAACUACACAUACAAGGACAUCAUCUGGAUAAACGGGGAAUGCUUGCUAAUCGACACCCUGAUUGUUACUUAGAAAUAGGUCGAGAAAUAAACAGCAUAAAAUUCCAACCUGUGUUUAGAACGGAGGUAAUAUAUAAGUCCAGAAAUCCGAAUUGGAGACCAAUAGAACUAAGUGUACAGAAACUAUGCAACAACGAUUGGAAUAGAAGACUACAGUUUUCAUGUUGGCAUACAUCUUAUGGUGGAGAUGUCAAGACAACGUAUAAAAUGAUAGGCUGUUACACUACAACUUUAUCUGAAUUGGUCCAUAUGAAAAGGGAUGGUCAUUAUGCUUCAGUACAUCUGAUUUGUCCAAAGAAACAAGCCAAAGGAAAGAAGGAGGUACAUUCAGGAAGUUUAAGGUUCUAUCAAUAUAGAGUCGAGAUGAAUUAUUCUUUAUUGGAUUAUAUCAGAGGAGGUUGUCAACUCAGACUGGUCUUAGCUUUAGAUUUUACGGCUUCCAAUGGCAAUAUAUCGGAUUCAUUAUCACUUCACAAUACCACAGAUUUACGGAGUAACCAAUAUUUAAAUGCAAUAGAAAGUUUAGGUGCAAUGAUAGCUAGAUAUGAUGUAGAGCAGAGAAUUUGUGUCUUAGGUUUUGGUGCUAAGAAAUCGUCAUCUAAAAAACCGUCCCACUGUUUUUCAUUGGCAGACCAAGGCACUGAUAUAUGGAUUAAAGGCAUUCGAGAGGUCAUAAAUGUGUAUAAAAGUAUCAUACCAACGCUUGUGUUCUCGGGACCAACUUAUCUGACUCCAACAAUAGACAGAGUUCUUCAACUUAUAGAUAAAAACAUCAACCAAAACAAUCAGAAAUAUUACGCUCUUUUGAUAAUAACAGAUGGAGUGAUAAACGACAUUGAUUCAACUAUAGAAAAGCUUAUAGAAGCUAGUUCGCUCCCUUUAUCCGUACUCUUCAUUGGUGUAGGACCAGCAGACUUCACAAUAAUGGAACAGUUUCAUGUAGAUUUAAACUCACCUCUAAGAGACAAGCAUAACAAACUAAAGGCAGUCAGAAGCAAUACAUAUUUUGCUGCUUUACGGCGUGAUUCUUCACCUCUUGGUAGUAGUGUGAAAGUGGUUCAGGAAGCAUUGGCAGCAUUAUCAACCCAGUGUGUACAAUACAUGAAAUCUCAGAACAUUGAGCCUGGAAAACCUCGUCUCAUUAAAAUAGAUCCACAGAAUAACUGGAUAACUCCGACUUCUCUUUUGGAAACAGACGAGAUUGGUGCCUUUUCUACAAUGCAUUCAUCACUGUCCUUGGCUUCCCUUCGAUCAUCAAGACACAGUCUCCUUUCAAAUCCAGAAACCAUGGGAAUCGAAAUCCAAAUGGUAUAG